AAACCGAACCUCCGUGGACCCAGCUGGACGGUUCCCUGAAGGAGGCUGCUCGGAGGUUCGGAGGUCCGAACCCCCCCCCACCCCACCCCCCGCUCCGCUGCUGCUGGACCCGUCUCCUCGAUCUGAACCUGGUGAACCAUUAGCUGAAAACAACAUGGCUGACAGGAAUCUGAGCAGCUUUAGAUGGCGCUGGAUGGUGGUGCAAGUUAUUUUCUGCAGUCUAACAAUGUUUCCGGUGAAGGCCAGCAUGGUGGUUAACGAUAGCCAGCAGACUCAAACAUCCAAUGUCUACCACGAAGCGGGAGUCACCAGAAACAAGAUCGUCACAGCUCAGUUUGAGUGCUAUCAGAAGAUAAUGCAAGACAAUACGCAGAGCAGACAAGAGGCCAUGUGUAAUCGCACCUGGGACGGCUGGUUGUGCUGGGACGACACCAAAGCAGGAGUCAUCUCGGAGCAGCAUUGCCCGGACUACUUCCAGGAUUUCGACCCUUCAGAAAUGGUCACAAAGAUUUGCACCAUCAGUGGUCAGUGGUUUCUGCAUCCUGAGAGCAACCGGACAUGGACCAACUACACCCUCUGCAACGCGCACACCAACGAAGGCAGAGUGACGGCCAUGAAUCUUUUCUACUUAGCUCUUAUCGGACAUGGACUGUCCCUCAUCUCACUCUUCAUCUCCCUCAGUAUAUUCUUCCACUUCAAAAGUUUGAGUUGCCAGAGGAUCACCCUACACAAAAACCUCUUCUUCUCAUUUGUCCUGAACUCAGUGAUCACCAUCAUCUGGCUGACUGCAGUGGCAAACAACCAGGAGCUGGUGCAGAGGAAUCCAACGAGCUGUAAAGUGUCCCAGUUUAUCCACCUGUACCUGUUUGGCUGUAACUACUUCUGGAUGCUGUGUGAGGGAAUCUACCUGCACACGCUCAUCGUGGUGGCUGUGUUUUCUGAGAAGCAGCACUUGAUGUGGUAUUAUCUCCUGGGCUGGGGUUUUCCUCUUAUUCCUGCGUCCAUACACGCCAUUGCUCGGAGUUACUACUACAAUGACAACUGCUGGAUUAGCUCCAAAACGUCUCUGCUGUACAUCAUCCAUGGUCCCAUAUGUGCUGCUCUGUUGGUGAACCUGUUCUUUCUGCUGAACAUCGUGCGAGUCCUCAUCACCAAGCUCAAGGUGACCCAUCAAGCCGAGUCGAGUCUUUACAUGAAGGCCGUGCGAGCCACUCUCAUCCUGGUGCCGCUGUUGGGAAUCCAGUACGUCCUGCUUCCCUACAAGCCUGAAGGACGAGUCUCUUCUGAAAUCUACGACUACAUCAUGCAUAUACUGAUGCAUUACCAAGGUCUGCUGGUGGCGACCAUCUUCUGCUUUUUUAAUGGAGAAGUCCAGGCGGUUUUGAGGCGGCACUGGAACCAGUAUAACCUCCAGUUCGGCAACAGCAUAGGGAACCAUUCGGACGCCAUGCGCUCGGCCUCCUACACGGCGUCCUCCUUCACCGAGGUGCAGGGCUGCUACACCAUCGACGGCCACUCGGAACACAUGAACGGAAAGAGCUGCCACGACGUGGACGCCUCCAUCUUGAAGUCAGACAGCCCCUUCGCCUGACGUCGUCGCUCUUUCCUCACACAGCCCAUCCUUCCACCAUCCAAAGACCUGCAGUAUGGACGCCGGGGGGAAUCUCCCCAACCCUAAAGGACACGCUCCCUUCAGGACCACGAGGACAGCUCGGUGCAGCUUUUCCUGCUCAGUCAGGGUUUGACUGCAGUUUGCAACAUGUGGACUGUGACCCAGUCGGAUCAACCCAAACCUUUCUGCCUAACAGACGUUUUUCAAUAAAUGGACAAGAACUCCUCGUUUCUCCUUUUGGCCUCACGUUUUGCACAAAAGGCCUUUUGGUUACACUGUAAAACUUUUUGACACGGUUGUUGCCUAAAACCAAGAAAGGCUCCAUCCUUACUUUCUAUUCUCAACAACGGAUUCAUAAAACGUCUAACAUGUAGAUCGUAAUAUAUUAAAGCUACAGUAUAUACCAUGUAAUUUAUCUCAACAGUAUUUAUUAAGGAUGAUACAGUUUGUAAACUUUGACAUAUGGAGGUGACUUCAUUACAGCUAAACGUGGACUUCGAUAACUUUAUUUGUUUCUAUGUGUGUU